AUGGGCUGCACGGGGUCCAGGCACGCGCUGCGCGGCGGCGUCCGGGGUGGCGGCCGGUCGCCGCACGCGCGGAGCCUCUCCGGCGGCGUUCACCACACCGUAGCGCUCAAGUCCUCCACGCUGGGGUCGCUCAGCCUCGACCGGGACGAGGAGGAGAUAAUGAAGUGGCGCGACGACGGCGGUGUCGGCGCGGCGAAGACGACGCCGCCGCUGCCGCUGAAGCCGCAGCUGAUGCGGCGGCAGAAACAGGUGCCGGGCUCGCCGGCCAAGACGCCGCAGGUCCGCGAGCCCGAGGUGAUCAACGUGUGGGAGCUCAUGGACGGCCUCGACGACAAGGACGAGGACGGCGACGCCGACGGCGAGGAGCGGCGCGAGAAGUCGGCCCCAGGAUCGCCCGAGUUCGAUCCGGACGUCAUCGCCGCGUUCCGGAAGGCGCUGGAUGAGAUACCCCCGCCGCCGGACGACCCCCCCGGCAACGAGGAGUGUAUCAAGAAGCCUGACGGCCCGGGCGGUGGCGGGGGCGGCGACCAGGUGGGCGUCAAGAAGCGUGAGAUACAGAGGUUCCCGGGCAUCGUGCGCGCGCGGGUCAGCGCGUUCCAGCAGAGGAUCGACGCAAGGCUCGCCAAGCUGGCGCCGCCGCAGCCGCAGCCACCGGCUCUGCCGCCCCAGCCGGACAGCACCCGGAAGGUGGUGCUGUACCUGACCAGCCUCCGCGGCAUCCGCAAGACGUACGAGGACUGCUGGUCCGCCAAGUCCAUUCUGCAGAGCUACGGCGUGCGCGUCGACGAGCGCGACCUGUCGAUGCACUCCGGGUUCAAGGACGAGCUCCACGCCGCGCUGGGCUCCACCGCGGGCAGCAGGCUCCCGCAGGUGUUCGCGGACGGCAGGCACCUGGGCGGCGCCGAGGAGGUCCGCCGGAUGCAUGAGGCCGGCGAGCUGUCGAAGGCGCUCGAGGCCUGCGAGAUGGCGCCCCCGCCGAGAUCCGGCGGCAAGGGCAUUGCCCUGGAGGCGUGCUCCGGCUGCGGCGGCGUGCGGUUCGUGCCCUGCGAGGAGUGCUCCGGCAGCUGCAAGGUGUUCCUCGAGGAAGUGGGCACCUUCAGGCGGUGCCCCGAGUGCAACGAGAACGGGCUAGUGCGGUGUCCUCUCUGCUCCUUGUGA